CUUUAAACUUGGCAACAUGUCUAUCAACAAAAACGCUUACUAUCAAUUCUAGGGUUUUAUCCGCAAACACAAGAACCCUCCCUCCCGUCUACCAAUCUCGAAGUGAAGCAGCAGCCAUGAUUAUCCCUGAGAAGAAUCGUAGAGCGAUAUCCAAAUACCUCUUCCAAGAGGGAGUAUGCUAUGCAAAGAAGGAUUACAAUUUGGCUAAACAUCCAGAUAUCGAUGUGCCAAAUUUGCAGGUGAUUAAGCUUAUGCAAAGCUUCAAAUCGAAGGAAUACGUGCGUGAGACAUUUGCCUGGAUGCAUUACUAUUGGUAUCUCACUAAUGACGGGAUCGAGUUCUUGAGGACUUACCUGAACCUUCCAUCUGAUAUUGUACCUGCUACUCUCAAGAAGUCAGCCAAGCCCCUCGGCCGUCCCAUGGGCGGACCUCCCGGCGAUCGCCCACGUGGGCCACCGAGAUUUGAAGGGGACAGACCGAGAUUCGGUGAUAGGGAUGGAUACCGUGGUGGUCCUAGAGGACCUCCUGGGGAAUUUGGUGGCGAGAAGGGUGGAGCUCCGGCGGAUUACCAGCCUGCUUUUAACAGGGGUGAUGGUGGGAGACCCAGCUUUGGUCGUGGAGGUGGUGGUUAUGGUGGCGGUGCUGGUGCACCACCAAGCUCUAGUUUCUCCUAAACCUUUUAUUAGUUCCAGACUUUUAUUUUAAUUUGAGGUUUUCUGUUUUAUGGUUUUUUCUUUGUGAUAUUAUUGGAAUAUUGUUACUACCUUUUUGUCUAGAUAUGAAUGCCAUUUUGCUUUUAUGAUACAUUUGGAUUUGGAUGUGCUGCUUUCAUGUUUUUAAUACUCCCAACCAUAAGCCUCUAUGCUGAUGACCAUUCGUCAUUUAUUAGUUAAAGUUUUAUUUUGAGUAGAUUAUUAUUCUAAAAUAUUUAAUGUAUGAUUAUACAUGUUCAUUAAUAGUUUUAACAAUGAUUUUCGUUUUGUGAGCAUUUCAAUAAAUUAUCACUUUGACGCCCAACAUUAUUGUUGUGCAGCUCAUUAUCAUGUUAUGUGUUUGUUGCACAUUAAUGUUUGGUUGACUUCUAAAGCAGCUAAUAAAAUAGCUUCUAAGUUAGGUUUUUAGUAACCUAUUUGAGAUAGGUUUUUUGAUAAUCUAGUUUCUGGUAGCAUGUUGAUUUUGACUUCAUGUGACAGUUUGUUACCUUGUGAGUGACAACGUAGGUUAUAGUCUAUUUAUAAGACCAAAGGGUGUAGCAGCUGUUUGGCCGUGGUUUGCCACAUUGGCAAUGGGGAUACCGCUCCCACAAUGCGGUUUCCUAUGCAGUUUAGUUUUGGCCUCACACUCUCUCUUGCUUUUUCUUUUUCCAACAACAAAUGGUCAACUUUUUAAAAUUUGAAUUUAUUUAUUUUUUAUUUUUUAAUUUUUUUAUCUACAAAUAAAAUCUUUCAAUAUUUUUUUUUUCUUUCAAUAACUC